AUGCACAUACCACCUGGCUUUCCCCACCAACCACCCCAGCCUGCACCUACACCUGAGCAUGAGCUCAAGGCUAUGUUGAAACAAUUGCUCCAAGGUCAAGCUGAUGGUGUUGUGGACACAAGCUUGAGAAUCUCAACACAAGAGUGUACUCUCUGGAGAAUCAUGCUUCUUCUGUUGCUGCUGCUACAAAGCAAGGACAACUACCUGGUAAAGCCAUUCAGAACCCCAAGGAACAGUGCAAGCUCGAUCGAGUCGAACUCUAGCUCGAUCGAGUCAGACAUCAUCGUCCUCAAACCGAUUUUGCUUGAUCCUUACCAGCCAGUUGAUCCAUCAUCAGGCCGCCUACUCAGUCAAAGCCAUAAGGAAGUGAUUCACAAGUUCAGAAGAGACCUCAGUGAGAUUGGAGUUGAGUUGCCUUCUAUGGAAAGCAUGAGUGAGGCAUUUGAGCAAAUGAAGUUGAUUCAAGAUGUUAUGGCUAACAAGGAAAAAGUUUCAGAGCUUCUGGAGAUGUCUACUCACCAAAUCAACCUGCUUACCUCACCUACUUUCUUACCAAAGGUGAAGGAUCAAGGGAAAUUCACUCUCCCUUGCACACUUGGGCAUAUUGAGCUUGACAAUGCCUUGGUGGAUUCUGGUGCAAGCAUCAACCUAUCUCCCUCACAAUGGCAGAAAAGCUUGGCAUUGCUGGAGCAUUGCAGCGCCCUACUACUUCAAUCAUGUUUGGAGAUGCAACUUCAAAUCUCCUCUUGGAUUGAGAAACCACGCCUUGAGAGGCCUAGACUUGAGAGACCACGAUCUGAUCGGCCACGAGCUGAUAGACUUGUUCAAGCACCAUGUGUCCUUGAUGAGGAAAGCCUCCAAGCUUUGUUUGAUGAGCCACUAGGAAGCGCUCAAAAAGAAGGGGAGGAUGCAGCCUCAAAGGCACUUGUGGGAGAGAAAAGAAAGAACCCACCAGCUCAGGUUUCCUCAGCCAAGCCAUCUCAGCUCACUAUGACCUUGUUUCCCACCAAAUUUGAAAAUGGAAAGAUUGAGUACAAGAUAAGGUACAAAGGGAGAUCAAGACCAUUCUCUAGAGCCAAGGCCUUGGUCACUUCAGAGCAGUCCAGGGAUCCAACCAAGCUAAAGGAGCUCCUAUCCCAAGUCCUCACUAUCACCCUUGAUGGUGGGACUAGCUCAACCAAUGCCUAA